AUGGCAGCAGUACCUGAACUCUCCUGUGAAGUGGCUUAUCACAGUCACAGUGAUAAUGACCUGUUCUUCGAGCCUGAAGAUAGGCCCCAGCAGUUGAAGUGCUGCUCCGAAGACCUGGAUCCCAGCCACUGGAAAGACAGCAGUUUGCAGCUGCAAUUCUCGCACCAGCGCUACAACAAGAAGCUCAGACAUGUUGUGUCAGUCAUUGUUGCUGUAGAGAGGCUGAAGUCUUUUCUUGUCCCUGACUCAGUGGCCUUCCAGGAUGAUGACCUCAGGAGCAUCUUUUCCAUGAUCUUUGAAGAAGAACCCAUCGAGUGUGAACAGGAUGACUAUUUGUGUGAUGCGGCCCUGCAAUUUAGGCAAUGCAAAAUCCGGGACAUAGAACAAAAAUGCCUGGUGCUGUCUCCUGCAUUUCAGCUGUAUGCACUCCACCUCACGACAGAGUCUCUGAACAAACAAGCUGUGUUCUACAUAAGCCUUGUCGAAGGAAAAUACCAUGAACACAAGACGCCUGUAGCUUUGGGUCUCAAGGAUAAGAAUAUGUACCUGUCUUGUGCAAAGAUAGAUGGGACACCCACUCUGCAACUGGAGAGGGUCGACCCCAAUAAUUACCCCAAGUGGAAAAUGGAAACGCGAUUCAUCUUCAACAAAACAGAAGUCAAUGACAAAGUUGAAUUUGAGUCUGCCCUGUUCCCCAACUGGUACAUCAGCACUUCUCAAGAAGAACAAAUGCCUGUCUUCCUGACAAAUACCAAAGGUGGCCAGGAUAUCACUGACUUCUCUAUGGAGAGCCUCUCCCCCUAA